AUGAUGGCCAUGGAACUCCAAAAAUGCAAAGUUCAACCAACUGGUACUCUUGAUAUCCGAGGGUCGGCGACCAACGUAUUGCAAGAACAUGUUCUUCCAGAGUUCGGUGAUUUUAGAGAGCAACGCAUAGAUAUUGGACAGUAUCCGUCGCCAUCGUCGAACAAAUCCCACUUAGUAUUGCAGCACUAUUUGUUUCAUAUUUUAAAGACGGCUUGUAAUCCACCAAGGCUCAUCCAAAAAUAUACGCAUGGUAAUCCUCGGAAUAAUGACAAGCUAAUCAAGAUCCCCGAUGAAAUCUUAACGGUAUUAAAAGAGUAUUUCUUAGCGUAUUUCUGCUUAAAUGAAGAAAUCCUGGAUCAGCCGUAUCCAGAUUUCGAUGAAUUGUCGAUGAAUUCAAAAUUCUUUAACGCUCUAGGUCUGAACCGAAGUGAGAAGAUCAGUGAGUUCAAAAAGCUCACUGUUGCGAAAAUCCAGUUCGCAUCUGUAUUUGAUGCGCAAAUGUACAGUGCGCUGGCUGAGCUUCGCUAUGGUCGCUUUAGCGAUGAUGGUGAAUUUUCAAGAAGAAAGAGGAAACUUCUUGACAAAGCGCCGAAGGAUUAA